AUGGAAGUCAGCGGCAACCAUUCGCAAGUUCACGGAGACGGUCGGAUAGCCGAAUGGUCCAUAACCCAGAGGCUCCGCUCCCGAAUAUUCAUCGGCGAAGAUGCCGUUGCCGCCGUUCACGGCCAGAAGCUGCCUCGUCACCUCGGACGGCCUCUGAUGAGAUAUUGUGUGGUUCGGGGAAUACGGCAUCAUAUUCACUUUGCCCAGAAAGCGGCUGCCGUGCUGCACGGGGCGUUGCCCAUGUUUACGACGGCCAUCAACGCUAGACUCAUCAUGAGCAACCAGAUCCCAGAGAUGAAGGGAACGGAAGAAAUGCCGUACUGCAUCUGGCACCCGUCGGUGCCAUCCGAGGAAACGCUACGACGGCUUGAUUCGCGGUACCCCCAGAUGCGCUAUCAAAUUGGCAGGGCUUGUGCUGUCGCAGGCUAUACGGCGUUAUUCAUGUCAUUGGACAUUCUUCCCGAAGUUGCCAUUGCGGAGGAGGCUCGUGCAGCCGGCAGCCUGGCCAUCCUCCAGCACAUCAUGGACCAGACGUUAAAGUGGAAAGUCUUCGAUGACUAUACCGGCACACUAUCCACGCCAAUACCUUCUCAUCUAAAUGGCGAUACUAUUUGCUGUGAGUUGCUUAAUUAUCGGCAGGGGUUCUCGAAGCCGGUUGGCCGAAGCGAGGAAGAGGAACACGGCGAUGUGGAUUCAGACAAUGGGUCAGACGACGACAGUUCCUUUUUUGACUUGUUUUCAUACGAUCCCUACGGAUACGAUCCCAUCGGCCACAACGUGACGGGGGACAUGGGUCUGGACGCGCCGGACACUUGGUUGAUGAUGGCCGAUUUCAAGUCGUUCUUGAGCUUCAAUUCACCGUGUGCUCCAGUCUCAGACACGGUACUCGAACUUUUGUGCAAUCCUUUGCCAGUCGAUCUACCAACAUGCGACAAAGAUCUUUUAAUAUUUAUGGCUGCCUACCGCGGAGAUCUAGAUAGGUAUUGCCGAUUGAGACGGCCGCGAAUGGUACGAGGCGAGCUGGAGGCUAUUGUGCGCGGUAUUUAUCACAAUACACAGUUUGCAAAAUGGUGGUCAACUCAGGAGCCACCACUCCGAGGCUCCCAUCAGAUUGCAGCGGCAGUAAUGGCCCGCUUCAUCAUGAACGAUGACAUCUCUUGGACCUUGAAACACGCCAGGAAGGAACUUAAACACUGGCAUGCCUACUUUCCGGAGUUGAUUUUCUAUCCUGAUGUUGCCAAUCGCUCGACUUACGAAGCUUUGGCGCGAGCAAUCCCCGAGAUGCGGCCGGCCGUCGCACGCGCGGCGAUUUAUGCAAACUACAAGGAUGUUUUCGAUCUAGUAGUAAAGGGACCAAACGCCGACUUUGAAACCGUUGCGCCAAGUUAUCCUCUCUACGUCGAGGCCAUGGCAAGCCCGGAGCCACACUACCGUGAAACCCUUCAGCGCAUCGCCGAAGCGAAGGGAACCAGGGGAGAUGUUAAAAACUGUUUGCCGGAUACUUUCGAGUGGAAAAAGAUAUCCUUGCGGCAAUCGCGCGUAACCGUCCAGUCAACAAGGCUCUCAGCGGGAAUAUACAGGCCAUUGGUCCAUCAAGAAGAUUGGCAUGAGAGUAUUUACGAUGGUAUCCAUUGCAAUGCUAUCGAGCUGGAGAGAUAUCUUUCUCUUCCCGAGGAGUGGCGACCUUCGGAAAAGGUCGUGGAGGAAGCGGGAGAAAUUUGGCUCGACUAUGAAACCUGGCCACCAAAUAUUGCCGAGCUCCUGAGGCCAAUAGACAAGGCUGUACGGGGAUAA